AUGUCGCCGAAAAGCUUCAAGCUGAGUGCUUUAGUUGUGCUUGCAGGAUGGCUCCCAUUGAUAUCCGCGGCACCGGCGAGUAAUGGCGGCGAUUCGACAUGCAGGAAGACGUCUGUGGCGAUAUUAGGCGCCGGAAUGGCUGGCAUCACCGCUGCUCAAGCCUUGCACAACGCCUCUGUAUCCGACUUUGUCAUUAUCGAGUACCAAGAUCGAAUUGGCGGACGGGCGUGGCACGGCGAUUUUGGCAAGAAAGCGGAUGGAAGCCCGUAUGUGGUUGAGUAUGGUUGUAAUUGGAUACAAGGACUUGGAAAUACUGGAGGUCCUCAGAAUCCGGUUGAUUUGCUCGCCCAGAAAUACCACCUCGCCAACACUUACUCAGACUACGACUCCAUCCUGACAUACGAUGAAACAGGAUAUUCAAAUUACACUGAUCUCAUAGACGAAUACAGCGAUGCUUAUGAUACUGCCGCUGCAAAGGCAGGCCGAUUUCUGGUCCAGAAUUUGCAGGAUGAAACUAUGCGCGCAGGUCUUUCUCUCGCAGGAUGGAAUCCUAGGCAUAGUGAUAUGAAGAAACAAGCAGCUGAGUGGUGGAAUUGGGACUGGGAGGCCGGAUACUCCCCCGAAGAGUCAUCCUUUGUGUUUGGCGUUGCGGGCGACAACCUCACCUUCAACCAAUUCGGCGACGCCAACAACUUCGUCAUCGACCAACGCGGCUACAGCGCAAUCAUCACCGGCGAGGCGUCGACGUUUCUAGCCAAAGACGACCCUCGGCUGCUGCUCAAUACCCAGGUCACAAACAUUAGCUACUCUGAUAGCGGCGUCACCAUCUACAACCACGAUGGCAGCUGCGUUUCUGCGGCCUAUGCCAUCACGACCUUUUCUUUAGGCGUGCUGCAGAGAGAUACCAUACGCUUCUCUCCUGAAUUGCCGCAGUGGAAGAAGAGGGCAAUCCAGAACUUUGCCAUGGGAACUUAUACUAAAAUCUUUCUUCAGUUUAACGAGACUUUCUGGCCAGAGGAUACGCAGUACUUCCUCUAUGCUUCACCCAAUACGAGGGGAUAUUACCCCGUAUGGCAGUCUCUUUCGACCGAGGGCUUCAUGCCCGGGUCAAACAUCAUCUUCGCGACCGUCGUGGACGAUGAAUCUUACCGUAUUGAGCGACAAACCGACCAAGAGACCAAAGCAGAGGCAAUGGAGGUCCUUCGCCAAAUGUUCCCCAACAUCACUAUCCCCGAGCCCAUCGCCUUCACUUACCCACGCUGGACCUCCGAACCAUGGUCCUACGGAAGCUAUUCAAACUGGCCGCCGGGCACUACCCUGCUAGCCCAUCAAAAUCUGCGAGCCAACACCGGCCGUCUGUGGUUCGCCGGUGAGGCAACCAGCGCCGAGUAUUUUGGCUUCUUGCACGGAGCCUGGUUUGAGGGCCGCGAGGCUGGCGCUCAGGUUGCGGCGCUACUUCAAGGCAGACCGUGCGUGCAGUAUGGAGACGAUAGGCUGUGUGGGGAGAGGAUACAUUAUGAGACGCUGACGGGGACGUCGCCGUUGAGUCAGUAUAGCAUAUUGAAUGGGUGGGCCGUGAGCAGUCUCUAUGACGGUGGCGAUGAUUAA